AUGGACCCUCUAUCUGCCGCGGCAAGUGUCAUUGCAGUCGUCCAGCUGACAGCAACCAUUGUACAGCUAUGUGGGGUAUAUGCCAGCAAAGUCAAGGAUGCAAAGCAAGAUAUUCUCCGUCUUGGAGAGGAAGUUGACGCCCUUCGGAAGAUACUUAUCACGUUGCACGAAUUUAUGUCCGGGCCAGACGGCGCAGAUUCCAUCGUUCAUGACGACCUACUCGCAAACAUCGCAAGAUGCUUUACGACGCUCUCCGGAUUCGAAAAGAAGCUGGAUCUGAAGACCACGCAGAAAGCUAUUAGGAGGAAGCUUCAUCUUCUCAAGUGGCCCCUUGAGCAGGGAGAGGCGGACAGGGUUAUCGAACACAUUGAAAGGAAGACUGCGCGCAUCCUUGACAGGAAGCUAGACUUUGGCACCUUACGCACGGCGAAAGGCGCCGCAUUCGAUUCGUACGACAAUUUGCAUAAGGAGUGUCUCCCUGGAACACGGGUCGAAUUACUAGACGAGAUUGAAAGAUGGGCUACCGCGCAAGAUGGAAAAUGCAUCUUUUGGCUGAAUGGCAUGGCAGGGACUGGGAAAUCAACCAUUUCCCGAACCAUUGCCAGCCGCCUAAAACGGCAGGGGCUACUCGGAGCCAGCUUCUUCUUCAAGAAGGGCGAGGAAGACCGCGGGACUGCCAAAAAACUGUUCCCGACGCUUGUGGAGCAGCUGGUUAUUGGCUUGCCAGACAUGGUCUCGGGUGUCCAAGCUGCAAUCAAGGACGAUCCCAAUAUUUCGGAAAAGGUGCUUAGGGAGCAAUUCGAGAAGCUUUUCCUCCAUCCACUGCUUGAAAUUGGCCACAACUGGACAAAGACCAUCACAAAGGUGAUUGUAGUUGAUGCGCUAGAUGAGUGCGACCAGGAAGAAUCUAUACGGCAUCUUCUCAGACUCUUGCCGCAGGUUCAUCAAUCAAGUUCGGUCCAAAUUCGGUUCCUGCUGACCAGCAGACCCGAAUUACCAAUCAGAUUAGGAUUCAGCAGCAUUUCUACCGAUGUACAUCAGGAUUUGGUUCUACAUGAGAUCCCAGAACCAGUGGUUAGACAUGAUAUCUCAUUGUAUAUUGAAAAUCGACUCGCGCUACUGAGACAGGAACGUUCACUUCCACUGGACUGGCCUGGUGAAGAGGCUACCCGGGCUUUGGUCGAGAAAGCCAUCCCACUGUUCAUUUCAGCAUUUACCUUGUGUCUAUUUAUUGGUGAUGAGAAUUGGAUCCCGGAAAAACGACUCAGGGCAAUACUUGCCGACGAAACCACGUACCUCUCUAAAAUGGAUGGCAUAUACCAGCCAGUGCUACACCAACUCCUUACUGGCCAAGAGGAAUCUGAGUCACAGCAGUUGGUUCAAGAAUUCAAAGAGAUAAUUGGUGUUAUUAUCCUUCUUGCUACUCCUCUCUCUGUUAAUAGUCUUUCUCGGCUUCUUGAAAUGAGCAAAGAUGACAUUAACAUUCGACUACGACGGCUUCAUUCAGUUUUGAACAUACCAAAUGAUACAGAGAAGCCCGUGAGGCUUCUUCACCUAUCAUUCAGGGAUUGGCUUCUGAAUCCUAAAAAAGAAAACAGUACAUUCUGGAUAGAUGAACAAAGAGUCCACCGAACUCUCACUACACUAUGCUUACAAAACAUGAAGAAGAAUUUGAGAAAGAAUAUCUGCGAGCUUCCAAGCGACGGUAAACUACGCAAAGAGAUAGACAUGCAGUCUGUGGAUAACCAUUUGCCAUCAGAUUUGCGUUACUCUUGCCGCUACUGGAUACACCAUUUAGUCCAAACAAAGGAGCCAGCCGCCGACGUAUCCGGCAUCUUUUCUUUCCUCGAGGAACAGUUUCUUCACUGGAUAGAAGUCAUGAGCAUUCUGGGCUUCUUAUCUGAAGCAAUUUCAAUGCUUGCGCUAUUACAGUCGGUUGUACAGGAUCCUGAGAUGUCCGACAACAUACGUGAUAUGAGACGUUUUGUUCUUCGAAAUAGACAUAUUGCUGACGUCGCACCGCUUCAGCUAUACGCAUCUGGUCUCAUAUUUUCACCAGAAUUGUCUUUCGUAAGAAAGACCUUUAGCAGUGAGUUCCCAGAUUGGUUUCUCAGACCACCAAAAAUCAGGCAAACCUGGACUGCAGAGAUCCAGACUUUGGAAGACCACUUCAGUUCGGUUGGGGCGGUGGCAUUUUCACCAGAUAGUAAGGUGUUAGCCACUGGCUCCAGGGAUCAUACAAUAAAGCUUUGGGAUACUACCACUGGAGCCCUACAACAGACCUUAAAAGGUCAUUCAAGAUCGGUCAUUGCUGUUGAAUUCUCACCCGAUGGUCAGUCACUAGUGUCAGGCUCGGACGAUCAUGUAAUCAAUGUCUGGGAUAUCUCUACAGGGGCCCUGCAGCACAGUCAUAAUGACUAUACUAGAAAAGUUAGGACCAUGAAUAUCUCGCCCAACGGUCAUUUAAUAGCAUCUGGUACCAAUCAUGGUACAGUCUGGCUUUGGGAUGCCAAUACCAGAGCUAUGAGACAAACGCUCGAAAGCCAUACGGAGGAAAUAGAAACUUUAUCAUUCUCACCAGAUGGCCAAUUGUUGGCAUCAGGUUCCUGCGACGAGACGAUUAAGUUAUGGAAUACUAGUACUGGAACCUUGAAAGAUACUUUGAAAGGUCAUGUCGAUUGGGUUCUGACCGUUGCAUUUUCACCAAACGGCACUUUACUCGCGUCGGGCUCCAGAGACGGCACCAUAAAUCUCUGGGUCGCCGCUACUUUAUCUUUGAAGCAAACGAUGAAUACAAAAGGGUAUCCCCAACAGACGGCAACCUAUCAGGGUCGUUCCGUUGUGGCGGUGGCGAUUUCGACAAACAGCCGAGUACUAGCGUCUAGUUCUGGGGAUCGUAUACUUAUGAUUUGGGAUGUUACGACCGGUGCCGUACUACAAGUUUUAGAGGGCCAUAUGUCUACAGCUUGGGCAGUGAGGUUUUCACAAGAUGGACAAAUGCUAGCUUCAGGUUCUCAUGAUGGAACCGCCAAGCUCUGGGAUAUCACUACUGGAUUUUUGGGGGAACACAUGCAACAAAAUUCACCAACAACACAACUGAAUGCUGAAGCAAAGAAAAUCCCCAUAGACCAUUCUGGUCAGGUUAUAAUUACUACAAUCUCUCCAAAUGGUCAGAUACUUGCAUCUGGUUCUGUUGAUUACAUGGUCAAACUUUGGAGUGUCACUACAGGAGCUUUGCUGAAGACAUUACCAGGCCAUCAAGAUUGGGUCGAUAAGGUUGCGUUCUCACCAAACAACCAAUUACUAGCAUCUAGCUCACGUGAUGGUAUAAUUAUGAUCUGGGGAGUUACGGGAGACCUCAGACAUACACUGGACCGCCAGCUAGACAUGAUUAACACCAUGGUGUUUUCGCCUGAUAGCAGACUGCUAGCGUCGGGAUGUGAUGACUGCACAGUCAAAAUAUGGGACACUGCAUAUGGGACACUGACGCAGAGCCUAGCAGUGAAAGAGUGUGUGAGAUACAUGACAUUCUCCCCCCACGGCGGGUGUCUGGAAACCGACCAAGGAAGCCUUGAUAUUCAGUUUGAGUAUGAGAAUAGCCACCCUGAUACAGUCCUUGCUGACAGCAGGAGUAUGUCACUAAUAAACGGAUGGGUAUACCUUGAUGGUGUUAGGCUUCUGUGGCUGCCUUUUGAGUAUCGUCCGAUGUCCUGGGACAGUACUGGCUGUACCAUCGCGCUUGGGUAUUAUUCUGGAGAUAUCUCUUUCAUGGAGUUUCGCCCAUGGUGAUAUUAUGCGAAUCCUUGUCUAUUCGUGAAUGCUAUUUUCCGUGCUUGAGAUCCUGAUAGAAAUUAUGGGGCUGAUGUCUAUACUCUCAUCUACCUACUGUCUGCUAUAAAUAAUGUACAUGCUAGCUCAAC